AGGCCCGGCCCGGCCCCGGCGCGUCCCGCGGGCCCGGCGCACCCCGGGCCUGCACAGUUAUUUGUGAAUGAAUUUGGCUGAUAUGGAUCCAGGUGGCGGGAGUCUUGGAUUGCAAACACAGGAAUCCAAAAUGCCUCACACUAUGAUCAUGCAGGAUUUUGUGGCUGGAAUGGCUGGCACUGCUCACAUCGAUGGAGACCACAUUGUUGUGUCAGUCCCCGAAGCUGUCCUGGUUUCUGAUGUGGUCACGGAUGAUGGGAUAACUCUUGAUCAUGGCUUGGCAGCUGAGGUGGUCCAGGGGCCCGACAUCAUCACGGAAACGGACGUUGUCACGGAGGGCGUCAUCGUUCCCGACUCCGUGUUGGAGGCUGAUGUUGCCAUUGAAGAGGCUUUGGACACCAGCGACCAUGUUUUGACUUCUGACCUGAUCACAGAAACCGUGCGAGUUCCUGACCAGGUGUUUGUGGCAGACCUUGUCACAGGCCCUGAGGGACACUUGGAGCACGUGGUGCAGGACUCUGUGGCCGGGGCUGACUCGCCCACCAUGGUCUCGGAAGAGGUGCUGGUGACGAACUCGGAUUCAGAAGCCGUCAUCCAGGCAGCUGGGGCUGUCCCUGGCUCCACAGUCACCAUCAAAACCGAGGAUGACGAUGAUGGCAAGAGCACAUCUGAAGACUACCUGAUGAUAUCUUUGGAUGAUGUUGGAGAGAAAUUGGACCAUAUAGGAAGCACUCCCUUGAAGAUCAGUACCGAGGUGGCAAAUGAUGAUGUUGCUAAAGAUGAUGGCUUUGGUUCAGAAGUUAUCAAAGUGUACAUAUUUAAAGCUGAAGCUGAAGAUGAUGUCGAAAUAGGUGGGACAGAAAUUGUCACUGAGAGUGACUUUCACAAUGGCCAUUCUGUAGCUGGAGUCAUUGAACAAGGAGGUGUUGGGAGAAUGCAGCGAGAAAAAAUGGUUUACAUGGCUGUUAAGGACUCUUCUCAGGAAGAUGAAGAUAUUAGCUGUGCUGAAAUAGCAGAUGAAGUUUAUAUGGAAGUUAUUGUAGGGGAAGAAGAAGCCACAUCCCUUCCAGACACCCAGCUUGAGGACUCUGGCGUGAAUAAAACGUUUGUCCCCGUUGCUUGGGCUGCUGCUUACGGAGAUGAAAGAAGGCUUCCCCGAAGAUACGAAGAUGGUCAAGCGGCAGGAAAUAACUUGGAUACACGAUUAGAAAACAAAAACGGUAAUGCAACACAGUACCUGCAGAUUUGUGAUAGCAUUAGCACUAAUAGAGUGCUCAAACAAAAAACCAAGAAAAGGAGGAGAGGAGAGGCCAGGCAAUGGCAAACAGCUGUUAUAAUAGGUCCUGAUGGACAGCCCUUAACAGUUUACCCUUGUCAUAUUUGUGGGAAAAAAUUUAAAUCCAGAGGAUUCUUGAAAAGGCAUAUGAAGAACCAUCCCGAUCAUAUGAUCAAGAAGAAAUACCAGUGUACAGACUGUGACUUUACAACUAACAAAAAAGUAAGUUUCCACAAUCAUCUGGAAAGCCAUAAACUUAUAAAUAAAGUUGAUAAAACGCACGAGUUUACGGAGUACACGAGAAGAUACAGAGAGGCGAGCCCGUUGAGUUCCAAUAAACUCAUCCUGAGGGACAAGGAGCCCAAGCUCCACAAGUGCAAAUAUUGUGACUAUGAGACUGCAGAGCAGGGGCUCCUCAACAGGCACCUGCUCGCAGUCCAUAGCAAGAACUUCCCUCAUGUGUGCGUGGAGUGCGGGAAGGGCUUCCGCCACCCCUCGGAGCUGAAAAAGCACAUGAGGACCCACACGGGGGAAAAGCCAUACCAGUGUCAGCACUGUGUGUUCAGGUGUGCUGACCAGUCCAACCUGAAAACUCACAUCAAAACCAAACACGGCACCGACCUGCCCUUUAAAUGUGAGCACUGUCCCCAGGCCUUCGCCGACGAGAAGGAGCUGCAGCAGCACACAGAGCUCUUCCAAGGGCAUAAGACUCACCAGUGUCCCCACUGUGAUCACAAGAGCACCAACUCCAGUGACCUGAAGCGACACAUCAUUUCAGUGCACACCAAGGAUUUUCCCCACAAGUGUGAGGUGUGUGAGAAAGGCUUCCACCGGCCCUCGGAGCUCAAAAAGCAUAGCGAGACCCAUAAAGGGAAAAAGAUCCACCAGUGUAGGCACUGUGACUUCAAAACAUCCGAUCCUUUUGUACUCAGUGGGCACAUCCUCUCCGUUCACACCAAGGACCUGCCUUUUAAAUGCAAAAGGUGUAAAAGGGGCUUCAGGCAGCAGAAUGAACUGAAGAAGCACAUGAAGACCCACAGUGGCAGGAAGGUGUACCAGUGCCAGUACUGUGAGUACAGCACCACGGACGCGUCGGGCUUUAAGCGCCACGUCAUCUCCAUCCACACCAAAGACUACCCCCACAGGUGUGAGUACUGCAAAAAGGGCUUCCGCAGGCCCUCCGAGAAAAAUCAGCACAUAAUGAGGCACCACAAAGAGGCCAUAAUGUGAUAGGUGAGCUCCAGAAGGAAGCGAUGUAGAAACUGUGAUAUGCUAAUUGGGGAAAAAAAUAAAUCUCACGAACUGUUUCUCCUGGUUUCAAAGCUUGAUAUUAAACCAUAACUUCACAUUCUUUGUAUUAAAAGUCUUAAAAAGUAUUAGGGUUGGCAGGGGAUCUCAUAGCCCUAUGAUUGUUGCUUAUCAGAACCUAAAGAGCACUAGAGAAUGCAGAGGAUGGAUGAAUGUCUUAAAUUUGCAGAAAGAUGGAUGAAUGUCUCCAAGUGAACAGUAUUUGCCAUUGCUAAGUCUAGAGGACAGGGCAGAGCUGAUUGCGUGACCCAUUCUGUCAGUCCCAACGUGUGUCUCCAGUAUGGAAACAGAUCCCUGGUGGGGUGAGCUGCAGAGGCUUUGCAAAGGAGCCCACUCUUCACUUCUUGUGCAGGUUGGAACAGGGAGUUUUAGUCAGACACUUCAUCACAACGUUUUCAAUUGUGCCUAGAAAUUGAAUUCCAGAACUGGCGAAAUUUGGGGGGUGUCCCUUGUUUGUUUUGGUUUGGGGUUUUUUUUUAAAACAUUUCAUAGGGAAACUUUUUGGUUUCCUUUAUUAGUUUAGGUCCAAGAAGCAUUUUUUUACUGGUUUUCAAAGCUGCUAACCUAUUUUAUUGCAGGAUAUGAUGUUUAAAAUAGAGCAUUAUGUUAUGGUCUCAGAGGUGGUGUUCUGGUGCUAGGGUUAAAGAUGUAUAUGUAUAUAAUUUCCCUUUUUUUAUCUGAAACUACAGUUGAAUGUUGUUCAGUAUGGCACAUAUAACAAAAUUAACUUUGAAUUUGACUUUUUUUUUAAAGGAUAAAAAUGGAUGCAGCUCAUAGUGUUGUGACUCAACACUAAUUUUUUUCCUCGCUACUUUAAAGUCUUCUCUAAAAAGAAUAUUAAAAACAGUUGAAAACUGUAGGGGUUUUUUUAAUUAAAAUUCAAAGUACUUAGAAGUUCUUUAGGACAGUGUUCUUAACAGGUAUGACAGUUACUGUCCUACCUCCUAAUAUGAAAUUUUCCAUAUAGACAUAAAAUAGCACCUUUUAAUCGAUUCUUUUAAAAAAAGAUCUAUACCAUGCUAUAAACAUGCAUUUUCAAUCUGUAAGAAAGUAUAUAUGCAGUAUUUAACCAGAAAAAUCUGCUGCCACUAGAGUUUGGAGGUGGAUCUUGAGUUUACAGUGUAUACAUUUAAAAUAUGCAUCCCUUUAAAAAUGCUUUGUGUUAGCAUGCUGCAAAUCCAAUGGCGCUUAUAUAACGAGCUGGUCUAGGGCUAUUUAAUGAAAAACCUGGUCAUAAAUGUUAUGCAUAUAAUGUGUAUUUUUUACUUUUUAGUUGCUUCAUGUUUGCACACAGCUGUUCACAUGAGAAAUUGUAACUUCAUGCUAUAUUGUGGCUUUGUGUUCCAGAUAAUGUUCAUAUUUUGUUUUUGCACCAGAUGAGAAUCAGUUCCUUGAGAAUAAAUUUUUUUUAUAUUUCUAAACUUCAGAAAGUUAAAAUUUGGGAAAUCUCUUAGACAAAUAAGUGUUUUAUGUGGCUGUAAAAAAUGAUGUACACGCUGUAAAAUAAGAUUGUCACUGUUCUGUGGGAUUAUUAUUUCUAAAUGUGUUACUCAUCGUAACGGGCAUACAAUAAAAUGCAUCUCUUGCACUCCAGAUUUUUUGGAGUUUCCUUUUCAUUUCUGGUGUUUAGGAAAGUCUCAUUCUCUGUAAAUAUGCCUAAUAUUUUUAAUUGCAUUAUUCACUAAUUAAUAUGUGAUCAUGUUUCAAGUAAACAGGUUACUGCAGGUCUAUUUAUCAGGCUGUUUAGGGGAGAACAUUGGGUUUGAUUUAACCCUUUGAAUGUACAGGUAAGGUAUUUGUGUUUGUUUUGCUUAUUUCUGAAAUAAUUAUCAAAUGUGAUACUGACAUUCCCUUGAAAUUUUUUUUUCCUUUAAGAGCACAAAAGACUUCUCACACAUUUUGGGAAAACCCAGGUACGUUUUGUCUUUUUAUCUGUGUAAUAGAACAGCUUGCAGAAUGAAAUGGUAAAAACGCUGCGAUCCUAAAUUCCCUCUCUUUUUAGAAUACUUGAAUUACAACAUCAGUAACAGAUUAAAAAGCUGAAGAAGAACAUGUGAUAUUAAAUGAACCCUUCAUCGAGGAUUUCCAAGGGGCUGUGAGCCACUGAACUCGUGGGUUUUGCACAAAGAGCAGAAAUUAAGCAGACAGGAACGACUUCAUCUGGUUUUUGUUGCUGCUUUUCCUUGCAUGCCCAGCAGUCAGAAGGGAAAAAGUCUUAGUGCUUUAAAGCUGUGGAUUUCUCACAACGUCAAUGCUUUGUUCCUGAAUGUUACGUUGAGUACAUGGACUGAAGGAGUUUCUUCGUAGCAGCCUGAAGAUGAUCCCUGGCUCUGCCCAUGGCUGUGCUGGCUCAUUUUUCCACCCUGCAGAUGGACCAAAUAACCAGGUUUCAACUGCCCACAAUGAAAGGUAAUAAAUUUGAGAGAAAACACGGAAGAGCAGCAGCAGAACUCUGGAGGUAAAGGUGAGGUACUGGGUGUGGGCUGGUGGCUGCUGGACUUGUCAGGGACUUCCCAGCCAGGGCCCUCUUUGGCUUUUAUUUUACAGCUGAGGCAGAGAAACUUCAAUACUGCAGAAAGGUCAGUCAAAAAACAGAAGGCAGUUUUCUCCUUUUCACUGCAAAACAAGACUCUGCAUUCUGGCAGAUAAACACAGGGCAGAAUGUAGAUUGUUGUAAUUAUAUGAAGUUAAUAGUGUCUGAUUUUUUUCUAAUUUGUUCCUGAAGAAAAUGUAGAAGUCUUGGUGGACCUACCUGAAAUGGAGGUGGGAAAUGAGCUAAGGUAAACUGCUUCUAACCAGCACUUACAGAGCUGAGUAAAUGAGAAAAGAUGUUUUUAUAAACUCCAGCAGAAACCACCUUAGGUAAUCAGUUCCAGUUCCACAGCACAGAGGGGACAGCUGAGCCCACAGUAACAGGUACUUUAUAGUAAAAAACACUAAAUUUGCUUUUUAAAUAAAUAUGGUCUGAAAACAAAACCAGCUCCUAAAUAAAUGGCUAUAUGCUUUAUCUACUACUCUAAUUCAGCUUUUUGACCACCAUGUAUUGAUUGCUUUGUGUUUUGUGUGAGUACAGUGUGUAGUUACAGCCUCUGCUCAGUAGCGUUUACAAGGUCUGGUGAUGUUCAGAUUCUUUGAGGAGCUGUCCUUGCUAGGCCAGGACAGAGCUGGCUGGCCUGAGCAGGAACCCAGGCUUUUUUCUAAGCAGGCUACAGCUCUCCUGGCUGCGUGAGGAUGGUGCUUCCACUGUGAUGGAUCAGCUGCAUUUGAAAACAGAGUAUUUGCCUGAUGGUGGCCUUUGCCAUGGAAUUGUGUCACCACACCCAGCAGCUCCUGGUCUGAGUCCUGUCCCUCCUUAAGGGAGUUCCCUGCAUGUCCUGUGCUGUGCCACGGAGUGGAGGAGACACAGCUUCGUCUGAGCUGUGGGAAACACCCAGUCCUGGUGGGAGCACAAGGAGCACCUGCACCCAGACACCUGCACAGACUGCCUCAGGACCGGCUGAAGAACAGGAGUUAGUCAAGAACAGCUGAAGUCCACAGAGGGAUGGCAUCCCAUUCUUCCGAGGGAAAAGUGAGUCCUUAAUGUUUUCUCAGCCUUCCUCACUCUCAGACUGAACCUUUUUUUGGAUGCAGAAGAGCAGAAAGUAAAGCAGUUUCAGUGGUUGUGAACUCCUUGGAGCUCAGAGGUUUCUUUCAUUCCUAAAAGAAACAAGCAACUUGUUAGAAGAAAUACAUAAACCUGUUUCUGUUAUGAAACAAAACUACCUCCUGUAAAGCAUCUCAUUUAAUUACCUACUUGUUUUCUCUUGUGAAGGGUCCAAGGGGAGCAGUGAGCCUUUCCUCUGUACCAAACACUUCACUUUUUAAUUUCUCUAUUGAUGUUUAAUUGCUUGACAUUUCACUAGGUUGCAAUGCACCUGGGUGAGUUUUAGGGCUCAGUAAUAAAACUCUGCUCUUUGCCAGUGACCUGCACUUUCUACUUUCCUAAUCCUGCUGCAGGCAAGGUCCCCUUGGGGAGCAGGCCAGAUGUGCUACCUGCAUCUGCUCAGGCUGUCACAAAACUGUCUCCUGGCUGUGUCCCCCCCUUGGUUGUGUCCAGGUGCUGCUGUGACCUUGUGCCUGCAGCCACCACCACCCCUGCCUGGCCACCCUGCCAUUUCUCCAGCCUUUUCCUUGUAGCCAAACUUGGCACCACAAGCCACUGCCUGUAACAGAAAUAGCUUCCGCAGCCCUGUUUUCUAUUUUUAUUCUGAAUCACUCCUUAAAAUGUCACCACUCUUCUGCAUUCCUGGGUUAGUCACUGCCAUAGCUCAAGGUGAGUUUCAGGGAUGUGCUGCUUCGUAUGUUUUAGUAAUAGCUUGGAGUCAUUAAUGCUCCUAAUGCAGAGGGAGCACAGCCCUCCCAAAUCCCUCCUCACCUGAGAGCACAGCAGGACACAGUCCCUGCCUCCCUGCCCAGUACAGCAACACCCCGGGGCCGGUGUUAGGGCAACGCUGCUGCUUUUGUUCAGGGCAAUUACGUGCCAGAGAAAACAACAAAAGGUUUUAUUUGUACCACACCCACCAAUUACUGCCUGCUCGCAAGAGCCAGGACACUUCCCUGGCUGCAGUCAGUCACUUUGCUUUUUGCAGCGAGUUAAAUUACCACGAGGGCAUCCCUGAGCUCUCAGUUUGGGAAAUACUUGCUUUGAAGUUAAAUUGAACGCUUAGGGAGUGCAGAGGGAACAGUCCCUCUCCAGGUAAACUCACAUGUUUCCAGAUCUCUCCAGUCCUCUCAAUUACAAUCGUUUGUGAUUUAUUGACAGGUGAUGUGACCUUGUAGUCAUCAGACAGGAGACCCAGAAUAGGAUACUGAUUCCUAUACCUGCAGAGAGUUGAACAGGUUGCUUAACAGAGCCUAAAUAAAGGAAAUCCCAAAGGAUGUGUUUUUAAGAAAGGUGAAUAACACAUUACUUUUUAGUGAUGAUGGCUGUCACCCCAGGGGACUGACUGCCGGAUAAUUUCUCGUGCUUCAGUCUGAAGAGCUCCUGAGAAAACCAAAAGCAAACAUUGAUUUGAAGUAAUGUUUUCUGAAGUAUCAAUUCAAUAAAGUCACAACAAAAUAUUUGCAGAACUUCAUCUCAAAGAACAGUCUGAAAAUCUGUUCUUCCAGAAGGCUGGCAGAGGAACAGCAUUCAGUUAAAACAAAUCCUAGCCCCUAUUCCUGAGCCAGGAGAGGACAAAGGACUUCCUGGUAAGGUUUCACUUGCACAGUACAUAGAAGUUUAAACACAAAAACCCUUAGAAGAGAAAUAACUUGAAUUAUUUUACCUCUUGCUGUUGUUUAAUAAAAGCCUCUUUGUCCUCCAGCAGCGAUGUCAGUUCGUGCAGCCUCAUUUGCAAGUCACUGUUGCUCCCCUCUCUCCUGGUUAUGUCCUGCUGGAACUGGCACAGCUGAGACUGCAGAACAAGGCAGGAGCUCUCAGGUGUGGGGGGCUCUGGGCAGGGCCCCUCAGCACCCACCCGGGCUCCGGGGCUGGCAUUUCAUUAACACCAUCAACAGUGAGACCCAGGCAUUUUCAGAUCAGGAAGCUGAGCCACACAGUAAAUUCAGAAAGUGCUAAUUGGACUGAAUUCUACCCAGUAUUAAUUUAAUUCUUUUAUAACUCUGUAAAGCUAAACCAACACUGAACCAGUUGAAUUGGCUUCCAGACACUUUUAUUACUGAUUUCUAUGAGAGACAUUUCCUACAUACAGCUGUCACUGAGAUUUAUUUUUGUCUCCUAUUGAGCAUCUUUUGACUAAUUUCUUAUGUUACCAGGACACAUGAAAUAUCCCUUUAGGACAGCCUGCUAAUCAGAUUGAUCCCUAGUUUCUUCAUGUGAAGAACUGUUGGGGUGUUUUUAAAAUCACAGUUUUCUGUUCUACUGUAAAGGUUUUGAGCCAUCACCACUGUCUAUGAGUAAAGUAACUGCAGAACCCAAAGACACCCAAAAAGUGCUUGCGGUAGAUCUCUGCUGUUAUAACUGCAAGAGCAGCUGUCCCCGCACACAGCCAGUGCCAGCAGCGCCCCUUACCCUGAGGCUGCGGAUCUCCCUGUCCUUGUCCUCCCUCAGGUUGUUGAUCAUCUCCACGUAGCGGCUGGAGAGCUCGUCCGUCGUGGUCUGCAGGGUUGGGCUGGAGCAGCUCUGCAGCAAAGAACCAGUUUUUAUUUUACAAAGAGUUUUCAUCAUUAGUUUUCCUGCACUGAUCCCUCCGAGUCUGGGACCCAGACUGCACCCAGCCAGGACAAUGCUGUGACAUUCCCAGCAGUGCCAGCACUUGGGCUGGUGUGAGAAACACUGCUGCUUCCCCAACAGGAAUGAUCUGCUGCCUGCAUCCACAGCCACAGAGCUGGGAUGGCUGAAGCCCAGAGAACCCCUGGAGCUGCCCAAGCCACCCGUGGCCAUCCAGGCCCCCCGAGGCACUGACAGAGCAGCCACUGCCAUCAGCGCAGCCACAGCCUGCAAUGCCAGCCCUGGGCUCCUGCUGCCAGCUGGGAACAGCUGGAUGAGCCGUGGGCAGUGAGGAACAGGACUCACCCCCAGGUCAUCCUGCAAAUGGCAGAGCUCCUCACGCAGAUUCUUGAACGUGGAAAGCACAAGUCUCAGGGAUUUGUCCGAUGUCACUCUCAUCUGGGAGGGGAGAAAUUGAAAGGGUAAUUGGGAUUAAUUAGGCAGCUUUGUUUACAAUAUGCCUGACAAGAGGUAGAACAGAAACUGCUUUACAGCUGACAUAACUUCUAAAACCAUUGCACAUCCUUUGAAGUGCCCACAGUUUCUACAAGAAACAUUUUCAUUGCACUUUGUUCUGCAAAUGCCCGUGUUCAAUUUCUGCUUGUAACACAGGAAAACGUUGUUAACGUGGAAGGAACAACAGAGUAAGGAACUGCGCCUUUGUACACCAAUAAAGUGAAAAAUAAAUUGUUAAUAUUGCACAAUUACUGUGUGAGCUUUCAAAGCUUUGUGUUUACACUGAUUUUUAGAAAUUGCUGCCCUGCCUGAAAAGGGGAAUGAGUCAUGUUUGAGAUCUGGCAAAGCUUUGGGCUCAAGGGUGAGGGAACUUAAUUAACAUUUUUAAAAAUUUAAAUUGAAAAAGCUCAUACAGCCAACUCCUCCCUUUAAAAGGAAAAAGAUCCCAAAGAUGAAAGGAAUCACCUGGAUGAAAGAGAAAACCAGAAGUGACCACAGCCCAACACUUUUCUCCUUUGGAAUGUUAAUUUCAAUGUCUCUAAUAGCCGUGUAUUGAUUCAGGUGAAAGCAUAAAUUGCUGCAUUUCAUGAUACAUAUAAUAUUUAAAAGAAGAAGAAUAGAGUUUGAAAGGACACAAAAUAACUCCUCAAGUUGUGACUCUCCUGGAAGGGCUGAAUAUUCUGUGCAAAAACUGUGGUUUUUUACUGUCUGGACAAAAGUGAAAUCCUCCUGCAUGUUCCCUUAACUUGGAAGAAUGAGCUCUCUAUCCGUAUGGGGAUUGGCCCUUGCCCAGUUUUUUAUCCCCACUGGUGCUGUGGUGUGACUGAGCCUUCAUUCCUAGUGUAACUCAACUUUUUGUUUGUUCUAUAAUUAAAGUGGAAUUUCACUUUUGCUGUA